UUCUCGCUCGUCUCUCAUCCUGCCUCCGUGACGCGUGAGAUGCGCGCCAGGACUCGUGCAUCAGUGCAGCUCCAGAUCGGUUUAAAGCUGCGUCUCGGAUCGUAAUGUUUCCAAAAGUUUUCUGCACCGGACUGAACUACAUGGAAUGAUGUGGCGGAUCAUUUUGCUGUGUUGCGCUCUGGAGGGGACCGCUGCGUUGCGUCCACCUGCGAACGCGUCUCUUCUCGCACCUGUCCUCGGCGUCGUGCGCACCGUGGAUCGGAUUUAUCACGGAGGAGGGAAAGCGGGUUAUCUUCUCUACAUAGACGAGCAGCGCUUUCAGCUGGAUAUGGAGCGGGAUGAGUCUGUGUCUCAUCACUUCGGGUUGAACGCAGACGCAGAGCCUGUGCAGCCGCGUCGGGAAUGCGUUUACCGCGGCACCGUCAACUCCAACGCGGAGUCGCUUGCGCUUUUCAAUCUGUGCGGCGGAGGACUCGACGGGUUUUUUGCAGUGGAUGACGCGCGGUACACCGUCACCCGAGCCGACGCGACGCGCGCUCUCUACUAUUACACGCGCGAGAGCUUCGGUUUCGAAGCGAUGCCUGCGCGGCACAGCUGUGGCACGCGCGACCACAAAGCGCGGAACGCGCGUAGACAGUUCGCGAAGCGCGACGCGCUGACGCGACGCAAGCGCUCCGUAUCCCGCGCGCGGCACGUGGAGCUGCUGCUGGUCGCUGACGCGUCCAUGACGAACAAGUACGGCAAGGACCUGCACCAUUACCUGUUGACGCUCGCGUCCAUCGCGUCCAAACUCUACGGCCACGCCAGCAUCGAGAACCCCAUCCGCCUGUCGGUGGUUAAAGUGGCGAUCCUGUCCGAGCACGAGAAGGGCAUCGAGGUGUCCAAGAACGCCGCCGCGACGCUCAAGAGCUUCUGUAAAUGGCAGAACCAGCAGAACCCUCUGGAUGACGACCACCAGCAUCACCACGACGCGGCGAUCCUCUUCACCAGGCAGGAUCUGUGCGGUCAUCACUCGUGUGAUACUCUCGGGAUGGCUGAUGUGGGAACUGUGUGUUCACCGGAGCGGAGCUGUGCAAUCAUCGAGGACGACGGGCUUCACGCCGCCUUCACUGUGGCACACGAGAUCGGGCACCUGCUGGGUCUGUCCCAUGACGACUCUAAGUUCUGUGAGGAGCGUUUUGGCUCCAGUGAAGACAAGCGGCUGAUGUCGUCCAUCCUGACGUCCAUCGACGCGUCCAAACCCUGGAGCCGCUGCACCUCUGCCACCAUCACUGACUUCUUCGACGACGGAAACGCGGAGUGUCUGCUGGACGCUCCUCGUCUGCCUCUCUUGGGGCCGGAGGAGCUGCCGGGUCAGAGAUACGAUGCGGUCCAGCAGUGCCGCCUGGCCUUCGGUCCGGAGUACACCGUGUGUCCCGGGAUGGACGUGUGUGCGCGUCUGUGGUGCGCCGUCAUCAGGAAGGGACAGAUGGUGUGUCUGACCAAGAAGCUUCCGGCUGUGGAGGGAACGCCGUGUGGGAAGGGCCGGAUCUGUCUGCAGGGCAAAUGUGUGGACAAAACCCGAAAGAGACACUACUCGACGUCGAAUCACGGCAGCUGGAGCUCCUGGGGUCCGUGGGGUUCGUGUUCUCGAACGUGUGGCGGUGGUGUCCAGUUUGCACAUCGUCUCUGUAACAACCCUCCUCCCCGAAACAACGGCCGCUUCUGCACCGGGAGGAGAGCCGUGUACCGCUCCUGCAGCGUCACGCCGUGCCCUUCAGCCGGGAAGAGUUUCCGUCAGGAGCAGUGUGAGCUGCGUAACGGCCCUCAGACGGACCCUAAAGGAGUGAAGACCUUCGUGGAAUGGGUGCCAAAGUUUGCCGGCGUGCUUCCCAAAGACAUGUGCAAACUCACCUGCAGGGCCAAAGGGACGGGAUACUACGUGGUGUUCUCACAGCGGGUGGUUGAUGGGACGGAGUGCCGGCCGUUCAGCAGUUCAGUGUGUGUGAAGGGGAAGUGUGUUCGCACCGGCUGCGACGGAAUCAUCGGCUCUAAACUUCAAUACGACAAAUGCGGCAUCUGCGGUGGUGACGGAGACAGCUGCAUCAGAGUGGCUGGAAACUUCACCAAGAAGAGUAAGGGCUACACAGAUGUGGUGAAGGUUCCCGAGGGUUCGACGCACCUGAAGGUCAGACAGUACAAAGCCAAAGGCCAGUCGCGCUACACAGCGUAUCUAGCUCUGCGGCGGCCCGGAGGAGAAUACCUGCUCAACGGGAAGUUCAUGAUCUCCACGUCUGAGACCAUCAUCCCCCUCAACGGCUCCGUUCUCAACUACACCGGCUGGAGUCAGCGGGAUGAUGCCCUUCUCAGCAUGGGCCCCGGGGCCCUUCAGGAAAGCCUGGUGGUGCAGAUUCUGGCCACGGAUGCUAAGAAACCACUAGACAUCCGCUACAGCUUCUUUAUGCCACGCAAAAUGCCGCUUCCACCGCGAACGGUUGUAGCGACCUCGGGAACCGCCGCAGCACUGUCCUCGGCGGAAAUUGUGACAUUUACGACCGAGGUUCCUGCAACGACGACGAUGCCCACGGGGCCACGCUGGGUGACGGGAUCGUGGAUGACGUGCUCCAGAACUUGUGAUACGGGUUGGCAGAGUCGCACGGUGCAAUGCAAGGACCCUCAAGGGAAGCUGUCCAAGAGCUGCCUGCUCAGCGCCCGGCCGUCGGCCUUCAAACACUGCCUGAUUAAAAAAUGUUGAGGACCCUUCAAUCAGACGAACUUCCUGACUGAGCUUCACGAAGCAUGUAGACUGAACCGUUGUAGUUGCGUUUCCGAUCACUGUGGGAUUCUGCUAGCGUUCACAGUCGUGAUGCGUUGUGACUCUGGAGCUUUGGCUCUAGCCUUGAAUGUGGUCAUGUUCAGCCACGCCCCUUUGACAAGGCCACGCCCCUUCGUUCAAAUUGCACGCCCUCUUGAGAUCACACUGGCAGUGAUUUAAAGCAUUUCUGUAGUGUUUGAGGUUCUGGCUUCGAAUGAGUCAAUGUUCAGCCACGCCCCUUUUGACAAAGCCACGCCCUAAAUCCAAACAACAUGCCUCUUGAGUUCAAAACGUUUCGAAAACAUUUAAAAAACUGAACUUUUAAAAACAUUCAGAAAUAAUGUUUUCAUAACUUAUUGGGAACAUUAGCAUAAAGUUCUAUAUCAUUUAUCAUGUCCGAAAAACUAAAAAUGUUGAGG